AAUGACAUAACACGAGAAGUCGGCGUAACUAAAAAAAUAAGUUAUUUACAAUGUCGGCCAAGAAAUACACAGAUUUGAUAAAAUUGGGGACACAGUAUUCUCGCCGUAUGAAUUACUUGUCCAAUCGUAUUUUUGGAGAAGUUGCGCGUACGACAAAUGAAAAGUCAAUGAAGGUAGUCCGAAUGUUCAGCGAAGAACCUGUGGACAAAAGAGACUAUGUUGUAAACUGGUACCCCCGCCAUGUAGAAACUCAUUUAUUGAUGAUGAAUUUAAGGGAUUAUGGACUCUUCCGUGAUGAGCACCAAGAUUUCAAGGAGGAAAUGAAACGUAUGCGUAAACUAAGAGGCAAAGCACCACCCAAAAAGGGUGAAGGCAAACGGGCGAAAAAAUAAAGUUGUGAUACUAUUACAAGA